UUGUUGUUGUUGGCUCCUCCCAAUGAGGCUCCUCCGAUGUUUUUCUGGCCUUGAUACAUGGCAAUGGACUCUCCAUGAACGUGUUUUGUGCGAUUAAACCUUCUUUAAACCUUUCGUUUCUCAUCUUGACAUCAGUUAUGUCAAAUAGGCCUCGUGGUGCUGCAAAAAGAGACAAAUCAAGAAAAGAGUUCCCAACUACCCUUCAAGGAUUUGGCUACUUUUUUAAUGAAAAUGGUCAACUGAGGAGCAUAAAAGGAAAUAUACCAUUCAGGUUUGAUGUCAAAGAAGGUGAUCAAAAUUAUAAUCAAGCUCAUUAUGAGGCCUUGGGAAAGGUUAUUGAACAGCACAUAUACCAUCUCCUUUCACAUCAAGAAGACCUUGAAAGAGUAGUUAUUCCGUUAGAUGCAAUAGAGGGUGAACCAACAAGUUGUAUUUUCAGAUCUAGAAAUAUUGACCAAUAUGAGAAGUUGCUGAUCCUUGUUCAUGGAUCCGGAGUUGUUCGCGCAGGACAAUGGACCAGAAAACUAAUAAUAAACCAUUCUUUGGAAAGUGGUUCACAGAUCCCGUACAUCAGAAAAGCUCAGUUGGAAAACUAUGGUGUUGUAGUUCUGAACACAAACCAAAAUGAGGAUAUUGAAACAGGAGAAGGGAUUGUGCGGGGCAAUGGAACACCAGAGAACCAUUUCUUAUACGUUUGGGACAAAAUCAUUGAGCCAUCUGGUGUCCGACAUAUAGCCAUAAUGGCCCACAGUUAUGGUGGUUUGGUUGUUCUAGAGGCAGUAAACAAGCGACCUGGCGAGUUUAAAGAAAGAGUAUUCGCAAUAGCUAUGUCUGAUUCAAUUCAUGGGGUAGGGCGUCUUGGAAACACAAGCAAAGAUCAUUUAGUGAAAGAAUUUUUUAAAGAGUCUGCAAGAAACUGGGUAUCUAGUAAGUUGCCGCUGGACAGUCAUGUUGAAUCUAAUAACCCCAUUGAUAGUAACAGAGUCUCUGCAGGUACGCUGAAGCAUAUCAAGACAUCUUGGUACGCAUUCGCUUCGGUAUUCGAUUUCUUUCAGCGUAAUUUUGACCACAAGAUAUCCCAGUUGUCGCGACGCGGUAUCAGAUCAACGCCUUCUAGCCCGAUAGCAGCCGAAAACGAAACACCAGUGACGGAUGUACCACGCAAAGACUCCAAAGAACGUCGAAAAUUAUCUGAAGAAGUCAGCUCAGGCCCUGAAGCCAAUGAGCCGGAGACCACUGAGGCUGUAUCACUAUCAACUGAAGUCAUAACAGAUGAAGGCAAAGAUAUACUAACCACAGUGACAGGACGUCGGUUAAGUAACAAACAGCCAGUGGAACAUGAGCUAUUGGAUGAUGAGACAGAAGAGGGGAGAAAGAAAACAGACAAAGAUGAAUUUUGAUAUUGAUGUACAUGGACAAAGUAAGGGCCUGGAAUAAGAUAUAGUCUGCGCCUCAGAGUUUUGGAGAAUUUUUGGGACAAAAUCAUUGAGCCAUCUGUUGUCCGGCAUAUAGCCAUUGUGUCCCUCAGCUGUGGUGGUUUUUGAAAAUAUGACUUUGUGGAGCAUUUAUUAUCGAAUCACUUGAAAA